GUUAACAAUGCUGUGCUAACGACACCGUUGAAGCUAACUUAGCAACCAGACCUCACAGAACUAUGUACUCUCUCCUUUUUCUAUUGUGAAUCACAGAUUUGUAUUUUAAACCACCUCGGAUACUAUAUCCUCUUGAAAAUGAGAGUCGAGCACGCGAAAUGGACAUUUAAAGUGACUUAUCUCUAAGACAAUACAUCGGUGACACACUUAGCUACUGAGCUAGCGCGUAGCAUCGUUCUCAAAUGAAGAUAGAAACCCAUCAACAGCCGUGCUCACCUGCAUUCCAGCGAUCAACGGCACGACGAAGGACUUCAUCCGUGGGUUUGGCGGCAAGCAUCGGCUAGGCGUCAGGGGGGAGCUCACGGCCCGACAAUGGUUAAGGAACACUGAUGCACUGUAUGCUGAUUCCAGAACUUUGAAUGCAUCCUGCAGCGCGAUGUUGCCUCUCCAGGAGCUUCCUCAUGGCACUGACAACUGACAGCUGCCUUCCAGUGUCCACAUGAAUGCCAAAGCAUCCGAUGAUAACGGGGCAUCUGAGCAAGCCGCUGCUCUCCCUCAUGCGCGGCGACAUGAGCGCGGCGGAACUCCGGGCCGACGACAAAGUGGCCAGCCCAGACGGUGAGCUCAACGACGAGCCUCUGCUCCUCCCGUCCGAGGGCCCCGACAGAGAGGGCACCCCCAGCAAGCUGUACGGCACACCAUUUUUGGAGGGCAAGCCACUACCUUCGUGGAUAAAAGCUUGGAUUCUUCACCAUCCUCUCAGACUACGGCUGUCCCAGUUGGUCAAUGAGCAUGACUUGAUGAAGCCAGGAGCCCGUGACUGCUCAGUCCAGUCUGACAUCAGCAGCAGUCCCUCCGAGCCAAGUCAACUGGGACAGUCUCACCCAGGAUAUCCCACCAUGGGUCCACAGUCCCUUCUGGUGGCUCAGCAGCUGGCCAACGCCGUGGGCGGCGUGAUGUCCGGGGCGUCAGCGGGCAUGAACCAGCCCAUCCUUAUCCCUUUCAAUGCGGGCGGACACUUGGGCGGGCAGCAGGGUUUGGUCCUAUCUCUGCCCGCCACCAACCUCCAGAGCCUGGUGGCUGCUGCUGCUGCAGGGGGCAUCAUGACGCUGCCCCUUCAGAACCUGCAAGCUACCUCAACCCUCAACUCCCAGCUCCAACACCUGCAGCAGCUCCAGCAGAUGCACCACCAUCACCAGCAGCAGCAGCAGCAGCAGCAUCAACAGCAUCAUCAACAUCAACAACAACCACAUCAGCACCACCAUCACCAACACACCCAGAACCAAGUGUCAUCCCAACAUCACAUGACCCCGCCCAGCCAGCAGCAGUGCUCCGUCCCGUCUCCAGGCUCCGCAUGCUCCUCGGCCUCCGGGCAGCCGCAGCAGUCGCCGCCGCACCGGCCGAACCACUCGCCUGCCCGAAGCCUUCCCUCGCCGGUCACCCCGCCCAUGCCUUUGCCGCAGUUGAACCCUCUGGCCAGCCAGGCGGCAGUCGCUGCAGCCGCCGCCAUGGGGUCCAUCGCCGGCUCUCAGGUGUUUGGCAACGCCCUGUCAAACCUGCAAGGAACCUCCGGACAGCUGGUGACCAACGCACAAGGACAGAUAAUUGGAACAAUCCCACUGAUGCCAAACUCCGCAGGGCCCUCCAGCCAAUCAGGGGGCGGUAACCCGGCGCUGCAGGUGCCGCCGAUUACCCCGCAGCUCCUGACCAACGCUCAAGGCCAGAUCAUCGCCACGGUGAUCGGCAAUCAGAUCCUGCCUGUCAUCAACACCCAGGGAAUCACGCUGUCGCCAAUCAAGCCCGGACAGCAGCUGCCUCAGGGCCAGCAGGGUGCAGGCGGUCCCAGCCCCUCCCAGCCCGGCCUGCUCCACAUGCCCCACAGACACAGCCCCCUCCAGCAGCCCUCCUCUUCCUCAUCAUCCAGCUCUUCCUCUUCUUCUGCGCUCAGCGUGGGGCAGCUGGUCAGCAACCCACAGACCGCCCCCAGCGAGGUGGACGGGGUCAACCUGGAGGAGAUCCGCGAGUUCGCCAAAGCUUUCAAGAUCCGCCGUCUGUCGCUGGGCCUAACGCAGACCCAGGUGGGUCAGGCCCUCAGCGCCGCCGAGGGGCCCGCUUACAGCCAGUCUGCCAUCUGCAGACACACCAUCCUGAGAAGCCACUUUUUCCUACCACAGGAAGCCCAAGAGAGCACGAUAGCUAGCAGUGUGACAGGCAAACUGAACCCUGGCCUUUUAUAUCCUGCCAGGUUUGAGAAGUUGGACAUCACCCCUAAAAGCGCCCAGAAGAUUAAGCCCGUUCUGGAGCGCUGGAUGGCCGAGGCUGAGGCCCGCCACCGGUCCGGCAUGCAGAACCUGACCGACUUUAUCGGCAGCGAGCCCUCCAAAAAGCGCAAGCGCCGGACCUCGUUCACCCCGCAGGCGCUGGAGAUCCUCAACGCCCACUUUGAGAAGAACACGCACCCGUCGGGACAGGAAAUGACGGAGAUAGCCGAGAAGCUCAACUACGACCGGGAGGUGGUGCGCGUGUGGUUCUGCAACAAGAGGCAGGCCCUCAAGAACACCAUCAAGCGCUUGAAACAGCCCGACAUGGGCCCGGCGGGGGCGCCGCCCUUGGACCCGCUGGGCGACGCCCUCGACGACCUGCCCAAAUGAACAACAACGACAACAAGGCCAGCAAGAUGGCGGACGGACCCACGGAAGCUUUGUGUUGUCUUUGUGAUUCCCACACUUGUCGUGUACAUGAAGCCCCGACCAGAGCAGACUAGAGACUACAAUGUGAUGUAAAAACUGUUGUCCAUUAUUUAGCAAACACGCCGCUUCUUCUGGCUCUUCGUUACCAAAGCCUUCUUUGACACUCAAUCUUCUGCCUUUUAAUGUUGUCAACUGAUUUUUUUUUACUGCAAAUUAUGCUGACAAUUUCAUUGAAUAAAAAUGUGUGGGCAAAAUUUGUGUUUAAAAAAUUAGUAAAGCAACAAAUAUUUCUGCACUGAAUUUAUUUGCAUUAUUAUUAUUAUUUUUUUACACUUAAUUUAUAUUUUCAUUUAAAUUUUUAUACAAAAAAUAAGUGUAUGAAAAUUCACUGUGAAAAAAAAAAUACAGUGCAGAAAUAUUUGUUACUUCACUGAACUUUUUAGACGGAAUGUUUAAUUUAUUGUAUUUUUUAUGCAUUCACUAUGUCAAAAUUCAGGGUAUAAAAAUCCAUUGUAAAAAAAAUUAAGUCUAAAAUAAUUCAUUGCAAAAAUAUUUGUUGCUUCACUGAAUUUUUUUAUGCUGAAUUUUUACACAGUAAAAAGAAAAUAUUUCAGUGCAAAAACAACUUCAGUGUCAAAAAUGCAGUGCAAAAAAUAUAUAUAUUUGUUUAAAAAUACAGUGUAAAACAAGCCAGUGCAGAAAAGUAUUUUUUGUAGGAACUAUAAACUAACAAAAAAAACAAAAUACUGAAUUUUUACACAUAAAAAGAAAAUAUUUCAGUGCAAAAACAACUUCAGUGUACAAAAAUUCAGUACAAAAAUAAAUAAAUUUGUUUAAAAAUACAGUGUAAAACAAGCCAGUGCAGAAAAGUAUUUUUUGUAGGAACUAUAAACCAACAAAAGAACAUUUCAGCACCAAUUUUUUUUUACACAAAAUUGUUAUGCACUGAUUUUUUUUUUACACAUAAUUUUUUUGCUCUGGAUUUUUACACGCUAAAAUUUUUUAUUCAGUGCAAAAAGAUUCAGUGUAUAAAAAUGGACUGCAAAAAAAUGUAUUGUAUAAAAAUUCAGUGUAAAAAAAUCAGUCCAUUAUUUUUUUUGUAGGAGUUAUAAAACUGACCAAAAUACUUUUCUGCACCAUUUUUUAAACUGAUUUUUUAAACACUUUUUUUUCAUUUUUCAGUUUCCAUACACUGAUUUUACGCACUAAAGGAAGUUAAAUUCAGUUUAAAAAUAAGUAUAAAAAUCAUGUGUAAAAAAAAUUCAGUGCAAAAAAAUUACUAGUAUAAAAAUUCAGUGCAGAAAAUUAUUUUUUGUAGGAACUAUAAAACUAACAAAAAUUAUUUUCUGCACCAAUUUUUUAAACUGAUUAUUUUUGCACAGAAAUUAUAUACACUGAUUUUUUACGCUAAUUUUUUUUUAUUCAGUGCAAGAAAUCAUUGUAUGAAAAUUCAGUGUAAAAAAAUUCAGUGCUGAAAAGUAUUUGUUUUGUCAAAACUAUAAAACCCUUUACUGCACCAAUU